AAUUUACAGAAGCAAUUAAUUGCAAGUAACAUAGUCUUUGUGAUAGACCCCUUGACUGACGACCUGACUGACGACUGCGUGUGCCGGGACGCUUCGGCAGCGCACAUCUGCACCCGAGAUUGUCUGCAGUACAGAUACACUCCUGAAAUUUCGUCUAGGACAUUUCCGUCGCGCUCCCGCAGCGAGCGAGGACUUUGAGCUGCGCGGCUGGCAGGUCCCGUCUUCUACACGGUUGGUUCAAGCGUAUUCAGCACGGCCCUGGUCUUAAUACUAUGGAAGAGGAUGUGGUGGGUCUGGGUGUCGGCAGUGUGCACGCGCCGGACAGUGCCGGCCUGGGCGUCAAGGACCGGCUCGGUGCACUCGGCCUUCCGGGCUGCAGAGCCACUGGCGCCGGCGUGGGAGGCAGCGGCCAGUCAUCACACUCAGACGGCUCGCAGGGCCCAUCAGGAACGCCGUCCCUGAAUGAGGGCGACCUGCGCUGCGCAAGCGGCAGCGGCAACAGCAUAGCUAGCCGCGAGCGCCGUGCCGCGCUGAUGGGCGCGGCCGAGGUGGCGCAGGCCGCCGCCACCGCGCCAACCGCCGCCACCGCCAACACAAUGAAUGCUGCCGGCGACGCCAAUACGGCCGCCGGAGGCGACUCCUGCGGCGGCGCCAGUCUGGACCCGCUGCUGUCCAGGCCGGAGGAGCUGGUGCGGCUGCUGCGGCAGGCGGCCGCUGUGGCCGCCACUGCGGCGCAGUCAGGCAGCGAUGACGACAUCGACAUGGACGGCCAGCAGCAGGUGGCCCUGGAGGGGGAGCGCGACGGCGGGGCCAAGCCGCAGCCGCUGCGCUGGCGGGGCUCCGGGGAGCUUGCUUCGCUGCAGCCGUUCGGCAGCAAUAUACCUCACGAGGAGGACGGCGAGGAGGCACAGGAGUCCGAGGACGAGCAGGCCGCGGCGGCGGCGCUGGCAGGCCUGGGAAGGCCCCAGGAGGAACCCGGCUCGGGCAUGGGCUCGGGUGAAGCGCAGGGCGACGUGAAGGCACGUGCCGAGAUGCUAGCCGCACACCAGGCCGCUCGCGUUGCCGCACGCGACCGCGUACAGCGCCAGGCCGAGGCCGAGGCGGAGGGCCUCGCGCACCGUGGCCCUGCAGCUGCCACUAUCACUGCCGGCCCGGCCGCCGCCAGCGGUGCCGCCAGGCCGCCACCGCUGCCUGGCUCCACCAUCCGCAACGGCACCACGGUCGUGACGCACCGGCCAGGCGGCGGCGCCGCCGCCAUCGGCGCCGACGCGGUGGCCCUGGCGGCUGCUUUCACUCGCGGCCGGCGCUCAGGCGAGGCGGCCGCCCAGGGCUCUGUGAGCCAGCUGGCUGAGGCGGUGGAGCGGCUGGAGGGUGAGGUGGCGCGGCUGUCCAAGGAGAAGCGCGCAGCCAAGGCGGCGGCGUGCACACAGGUCCUGGCCCUGCACAAGCAGCUCGCCGACUUCAAGAGCCGCACCGAGGCGGCGGAGGCCACCGCGCAGCGCGAGCGCGCCGAGGCGGGCCGCCUGGCGCGGCAGUUGGGCGCGGCGGAGGCCGCAGCGGAGGAGGUGCCCCGGCUGCGGGGGGAGCGCGACCGGCUGCUGCGGGCGCUGGGUGCAGCGGAGGCCGCGCGGACGCAGCUGAGCGAAGUGGUGGGGCAGCUGACCGGCCUGGUCGCUGGCGGUGGAGGCGAUGCCGUGCCGGGGGCUGGUGCUGUGAAGGGCGCCGCCGGUGAGGCGCCAGGCGGGAAGAGGGAAGCGGACGAUGGCGCCGGGAAGACGGGCGGCGGCGGUGGGCGCUCCGUGGAGGCCGCGUCGCUUGUGGCGACGCUGGCCGCUGUCAAGCAGCAGCAGGCACAGAAGCAAUCUGGCCUGCAACCGACGCCCAAGGUGCAAUCGGUGCCAGUGCAGCGGUCGCCAACCUUGUCGCUGCCCCUGGACGCCGGAAGCGGGCCGGCGGCCAGACCCAACGGCGCCGCGAAGCUGCCGCCCCCGCCACAUCGCUCGGCGGCCGACACGGCGUGCACCCAGCCGGGCCAGGGCGGCCUACGGUGGCUGCGCGCUGAGCUGGAGGCGGAGGAGAAGCAACAGCAGCAACAACAUCAGAAGCAGCAACAACAGCAGCAACAGCAACAACAGAAGCAGCAGCAACAGCAGCAGCAACAGCAGCAACAGCAGCAACAGCAGAAGCAGCAGCUGUUGCGUAUGCUGCAGCAGGAGCAGGAUCAGCUGCACCGGCGCGAGCAGGCAGAGGCGGUGGCCGCUGUGUCGCUGGACCUCACCGCAGACGAUGGCGGUGCCGAGCGCAUGCGCGGCAACAGGUCCGCCGCCCUGCCGCUGCGCGCGGCGUCGAACCAGCCCUACGCGCAGCUCUCGCAGCAGCAGCAACAGCAGAUGCGGCGGGCAGAGCAGCAGCAGCAGCAGCAGCCACUGGUGCUGAAGCCGCUCGUGCUUGGAUCGAUGGCGGGCGGCAAUUCUAACGGUAACAGUAACGGCCAGAUUCAACAAAUCAAUGAGGAGAGGCUGCGCCUGGCUCUGGCGGGUACGGGCGUCGACUUCAUACGCCAGUCCAUGUGAGCAGCGAAGCCUGCUAUCUGUGAAGGUCGUGCGCGUGUGCCCGUAAAGGGAGAAUAAACGCUACAUGUCCCGGUGCGCACGAGAGAGGAUAUUGUAGAGGAAAUGCUACACGUGUGCGCGGAGAAGCGGAAUGAGCGGGAAACGUGCGGUAGUUGGAGACGAUGAAGCUCACGAAUGUUUAGAUACCUCAAGGGGGCCCUGCAGUAAGCUUCGUACGCGUGUGUACGUUAGGGGAUUCAUGAGCGGUGCACCAAGAGGGCAGGCUUGCCGUCACGUCUUUUGCACCGGGGCUGGUACCGCUUUGUUGUGCCCGCAUGUAAACGCAUAGAUGCCGCAGAAGACGCAAGAGGCGGCUUGGCGAAGUGAGUCCCGCUGCUGUGGGUGUUUAGAUCUGCAUCGCGCUGCAGCUUUGUUUGUCUUACCCUGUAUGCCCCAGUAGUGGCAUCGUUUUCAGAACGGCGUACGCCACUGCAGACCGUUGAUCUGCUGCGCUGGUCGAAGUGAUGAGUGGUCCCUUGACGCCUCCUUAUGCGUGAGAAUUUGGCAAGACACAAACUCACAAUCCCGCCAGAGUGCUAGAGAACUUUGUCUGCGUCUGGAGUGCGCCUGCGUACAUGUGACCCGACCGGGAUCUUUCUUUAUGUGCGGCUUCUACACGUUCGAAAGCUGGCGGUAUCACUUGUCUGUUCUGAAAUGUACCAUAGAUGUUAUUGGUCAUGCCCAUGGCAUUUGGGCUGGUACACUGGCACAUGUUACAGGACUUAUUGGCGUCUGGAGCCUUAUCUAAAUCCAGGAAAUGCUUUGAACGGCAAAUGAUUGCUUGUGGGCGAAUUGCGUGUGUCCCGGCCGACCCCAACGUCGCUACGACUAUGAUUGAGGCUGCCGGAGGGCGGGAGAAACUGAAACAACCUCAACGCGUGGUCAAGAGAGCUCUUACGGCUUCAAGCUCUUAGCAGUUAAGGUACGUUGCCUAUGAAUGGCUGCUUUUUAAACGAGGCUAUGGCAUGGGUGAUGUUGGUGCGGCGUUCGGAGUGGGACUGGCAACCCUGCAUGGUGGGGUUGCGUGAAACACUUACCGGUACAAACCAUUGUGCAUUUCGUUGCAGCGUAAAACUGUUCUUGGUUUUGGAGAACUGGUGGGGCUCCCCAAGUUUAUGGCGUGCGUAUCCACGUGUCCUUGGGCCAGUUGCCUCUGAAUGUUUUAUGUGCGGCUGGUUUACGUGCGCCUUGGUACUUUGCGUUAACAAGGCCCUGGAAACACUGCGACGCGUGAGACUUUACCUGCCGCGCAGUAGUUCCACGCUGCGUGCUGCGAGCGUGGGAUCGCCUGCCUGUCUGUUUCGAAGGGGCGGCUCCCCGUGAUUGGGCAACAGUCACUGCUUAUUUAGUAUUGCGGUAUGUCCGGGGGGAUCCACCUGUUGAUUGAGUGGGUAUUGAUGGGAGGCGUCCCUGCCGACCGGCCGUCCAUUUGUUCUCUAGGUAGCCACCUUGGCUGCGCCCCUUGAAGGGCUCAGCGGGGUUGGCGGCUCAUAACACUGCCAGUGAGUAAUGGCCAAGACUCGGCCAGAACCUGUAUUCCUUAACUGUCAUAGGGCACUGCAUCACCGAGAGGCACGACAAUAGGAGAGGUGGGGGGUGCGGACGUGGGGUGCGGAUGGAUGCGGUAUUGCGUGGAAGCCAGCAGUGCGCGCGUAUCCGGGGACCACUGUUGUUGGUCUCAUGUGUGCAUUGUGGACACAUGCAGAGGCUAUAAGGUAUUCCCAUUACCGCUUCGAACAUUUGGGUGCAUGGGUGAUGGCUGUGGGUGUUUCCGGCUGGCAUGGCAGGUUCAUGCUUGCGCCUUGCAGCAACAUGAGGCGUUAAUGGUGUCUUGGUUAGCUGCUGCGAGAGGCGGAGGUGUUCGAACUUCGAAGGAAGCCUUUGUAAAUGAGUAUGUGCUUUUGGUCCAGGGCAAGGCUUGCUGUGCUCGUCAAUUGGGCAGAACAAUAUCCAUUGCUCGAUUGCCGCCCUCUGCACCGCGGCCGAGACUGGCCCGCAUUGCACGAUAAGUCUGUUGUUUGUUCCCUCGUUGUUUGAUGUCUGCGCUGCCGCACCCUCGCACCGCUGGGCGCCCUCAUACACUGAUGCAAGUCGGUAUGUGCUCGUGCGCUUGUAUGUACAAGGAUUGUGCGAGUUGAGUAUGGCGUAAGCACGCGUGAGCACGCACUACAGAGCUGCCAGAGCGAACCAGGCUUGGAGGUAGGGGCUGGGGCCUGCGAGGCCUUGGGCAGUGUGAGCUAGGACUGCUGAACAUGCCACUUGCAUCAUGAACAAGUGAAUAUUACCGUGUUCCGUGAACUGUGAGCUGUGCGUUUGUUCAUGGUUUGGUUACAGUUCUGCCGUCUGCCGCAGCGUACGGCUCAUUAGUGUGCUGCCAGAGGUUUUCUGGAGGGCGUGCUGUUGGGACGUCGACUUGUAACCACUAGGCACU